AUGAAACCAGUUUCAAAAUAUCCUGUGAGUGAAGUUCCUUCCCCAAGGCUUUCAAUCCAAUAUCGAAAAGCUACUGCAGAUGAGGAAAUAGAAAGCGAUUAUGCUACUCCAAAUAUUUGCAUUUCAUUGGAAAAUUCGAAUUCUUUCAUCAAAUGGAAAGCUCACAACGUACCAAUUUUUGGCAAUAAACGAGUGCUUCGGCCAGGGGAAGAUGACGAAAAAUUGGAGCAAAUACUACAACUCAUUGCAAACGAUGAUUCUGACGUUGAAAUGUCUGAUGAUGAAAGUGAAAUUGAAAAUAUGGAUAAUUUAGUACAGAGAGAGGACGAAAUAAAUGAUGAAGACCUGGUGAGCAGCAGUGACGAGGAAGGAGAGGACAGAAUUCCUCUUAGUGUCCUUAGAGAAAAGUUAAGAACGGCCAAACAAACUCCCAAUUCUUCGCAGCGACAGUUUUGGAGAAGGAAUGAUACUUUUACACCUCCAAAUUUUGAAGGUCCGUCUAGUGAAUGCAGCGCACAGCUUCGCGAUGGUUGGACUGCAAAAUCGUAUUUUGCCAUUUACUUAGAAGAUGACAUGUUCCAAAAAGUAUGUGAUUGCACAAAUGCAAGGUAUGUUGAACUUAAAGGAGUAUCCCUUAGAUUGACACUUAAUGAGAUUAAACAUUUCUUUGGGAUAAUUUGUUUAAUGUCCUGCCUAAAAUAUCCUAGAAUCAGAAUGUACUGGGCCAAACCCACGAGGGUUGCAGCUAUUGCGGAUGUUAUGACUCGAGAUAGGUUUUUUUCUAUAAGAAGUAACCUCAAAGUCGUAAUUGAUGGCAGCAUCUCUGAGGAGAAACGCAGGUAUGACAAAUUUUGGAAAGUGCGUCCUAUUUUAGAAGCAGUAUUGCAGGGGUGCUUGCAGCUACCCAGAGAGAAAGCAGUUGCUGUGGAUGAGCAGAUGAUACCAUUCACUGGAACUUGUCAAAUGAAGCAGUUUGUUAGGGGAAAACCCAAUCCAGCGGGAUUGAAAAAUUUUGUUGUUGCUGCUCCUGAUGGUCUUGUCGUAGACUUUGAACUAUAUCAAGGAAAAAAUACGUUUCCAGAUGAUUCUGUAAAACGACUUGGUGUUGGACCUUCUGCUGUUGUUCGGCUUGGAAGAACAUUAUUUCCUGGAACUCAUGUGUAUUGCGAUAGAUAUUUUACGACAAUACCACUUCUUGAAUAUCUUCGCCAACAAAAGAAAUAUUGUACUGGAACGAUUAUGAAAUCUCGUGUACCAGCGGCAGCACAUUUAACUUCAGACAAAAUGAUGGCCAAGAUAGGUAGAGGUAGCUCGGAACAAAUUGUAAGGCAAGAUGGCGAAAUAGUGGUUGUACAGUGGUAUGACCUGAAAUCUGUACUUUUGGCAUCUACUCGUCUAGGAAUUCAGCCUAGUGAUGAGUGUAAACGGUGGUCUAAGAAAGACUCUAAAUACAUACAAGUUGCAAGACCUGACAUUGUUGCUAAAUACAACGAUUGUAUGGGAGGAAUUGACCUGAUAGACCGAAUGAUCAGCUAUUACAGAAUUCAAGCCAGAUCAAAAAAAUGGACUGUGAGAGUCAUUUUCCAUUUCUUUGAUUUAGCAUUGGCAAACUCAUGGAUUUUUUAUCGAAGAGAUAAAAAGAUAUUUCAAACCUCUACACGAAAAACACAGCAGUAUCUAGAUUUUAAAAUCGAAAUUACCACGUACCUUUUGAAAAAUGAAUCCAACAUUUUCCAAGAAAAUAUACGAGGUAUAGGAACUCGAAGAAAUCCUGAGGGUAAUAUCAUUGUUGAUUCACCAUCAGCAGGCACCGAAAGAAAGCGGAAAGAACAUUACCCAGAAAUUGCCUCAGAUUUAAGAAAUUCGGUUCGAUGUAAAAAUGACAGUUGUACUAAAAAAACGAAGUUUUUUUGUAAUAGAUGUAACACAUUCUUAUGCAUAACUGGCUACAGAAACUGCUUUAUAGAGUUCCAUAACAGAUAA